AUGAGUCUCUACCCCGGGAUUCUCAUAAUUGGAGCACUGGUAAUUUCCUUCACAUUUUUCACUCUCACCAUGCUUGGAUGGUGCACUCGUACCAGUCACAUGCCAUCACUUCCUACAACAGGAACAUCUUUUGAUGACAAGUUCUCACCUUGCAUGAGUUUAGAGUCACAUUCAAUUACAUUCCAGUACAAGGCUGCAGAAGGUAACAUAAACCAGAAUGAGUGUGUUAUUUGCUUGACACCCUUUGAAGAGGAGGACAGUGUCCGUAAGCUUCACACUUGCAAGCACAUCUUCCAUACCUCUUGCAUUGACAAGUGGCUUGGCUCUCAUUCUGGAUGCCCACUCUGCCGCACUCAGAUUGAUAAAGUGACUUCCCCAGAUAACAGAGUGUCAUUGGAAGGAAAUGAUCAGGAUCAGAUGAUCAUGAUCAUUGUGAACUCCUGA